UACUCUGACAGGUAUGUGAGUUACGCAGGACUUCAUUGGAUUCACUCAAAGCACUGCGCUUCUCGACGCACACGAGAUCCGGACGUUACGCGGAGAGCACGUCGGAAAGAGGUUUUACACAAAGAGGACACUUCUUCAGAGAACAUGAAGCUAGAGGUGUUGUGUGGAAGCCACUAUGACAUGAAGCGUUUGGAGAUGUCUAUUGGUGCAGAGGGGAGAGCGCGUUCUCCUCUUUCUGCUGAGGAGGAGCUGGGGUCGGAUGGGGACUGCGUGGCUCCCAGCCCUCCACCUGUUACGCCAUGCACCAGCACCAAGUCCAAGCCGUACACGCGGAGACCCAAACCCCCGUUCUCGUACAUCGCUCUCAUCGCCAUGGCUAUCCGGGACUCCCCCUCUGGACGUCUGACUUUGGCGGAAAUAAACGACUACCUGAUGAAAAGGUUUCCGUUCUUCAGAGGCAGCUACACCGGUUGGAGGAACUCGGUUCGGCACAACUUGUCUCUGAAUGACUGCUUUCUCAAAGUGCUGCGGGACCCGUCUAGACCUUGGGGGAAGGACAAUUACUGGAUGCUCAAUCCUCAGAGCGAGUACACCUUUGCGGACGGAGUGUUCAGGCGUAGAAGGAAACGCAUCGAUAAAAAGUGCAGCAGGGAGCCAAAGGUGUCCGAGCUCGCGGAGGAGCCGCGGAGCGUUUCGCAGUCUGCAUCCGCCACCAGGACGGAUUCGUGUGUCAAGUUCACUAGUUCCUUUGCGAUAGACAGCAUCCUCAGCAAGCCGUUCAAGAGAGACUCAAACAGAGAACAUGUACCACUCCACCUGGCCUUCUCCUGGCCGCGCUACACUGAACUGAUGAUGCCUCAUUUAAAUACACCUGCCUCAUUUUCAUACUUCAAGCCAGUCUGCUAUGUGGACUCCUCUGCUGCGCAUGUGCCAAACGCCCAUUUUCUUAGAUGAUUAAACAUCAUCGUUGUGCACUGACAAUGGUCACAGAGGAGGAUUGAAAUUGGCUUUACUGUGGUGGCAAGGUGAUACUCUUAUUUGUGUACCUAAUGCAAUAUCUUAUCUUAUAUUUGAUCUUUGAUACACAAUUAUUUGUUGUAAAUGUUACUGAACGGUUGUCUGAAAACGUGUUUAAAAAUAUGCACGUUGACUGUUUUUGUGUCUGUCUUUCAAAAACGAACGAAAUAAAACUCUAACGAUG